AGGAUGACUAAUAUUUUGAUUGGAGCCACAGGUAGUAUUGCUACUAUCAAGAUCCCUUUGUUAGUAAGCCUCUUCAAGAAGUAUGACAAUGUCAAUGUUAAAGUCGUUUUGACUGAAUCAGCUUACUUUUUUGUUAAAGAUCAAGUUAUUGAUUGCGAAGUGUUUAGAGAACAAGAUGAAUGGAAUCAAUGGAGCAAGAUUUCAGAUCCCAUUAUGCAUAUUGAGCUUCGGAACUGGGCAGAUGUGAUGGUCAUUGCUCCUUUAGACGCAAAUACACUAGGGAAAAUCGCAAAUGGUUUAUGUGAUAAUUUAUUGACAUGCGUAUUAAGAGCAUGGGAUAUAAACAAACCCGUGAUUGCAUGUCCUGCCAUGAAUACGAGUAUGUGGCAACAUCUAUUGACAGCAAGGCAUUUGGAUAUUUUAGAAAGCGUGCUUAAAUACCACAUCAUACACCCUAUCAGUAAAAAAUUAGCUUGUGGAGAUACAGGAAUUGGAGCCAUGGCAGAAUCACACUUUAUAUCAGAGUUUGUUAUGGGAAUAAUAGAUAAAAGAGCUAUGGCUGGCAUUCAGCCAGAAGACGUUGUUAAAUAAAGGAAGAAAUCACUUAAUAAUGCUCUUACAUCACAUUUUCUCCUAUGACAUAGUAGCUUCGACCAAAGCCAUUUCGUUGCAUUUAUGGAAGACUUUUUU